AUGUCAGAAGAAAUUUACAGUCACUUGGAUAGUUAUCAAGUAGGGCGCUUGGCAGAGUUAUGCAUCGUUGUUGAUGAAAACGAUAAUGUGAUUGGUGCAGAGGACAAGAAGACUUGUCACUUGUAUAAAAAUAUUGAAAAAGGGCUCUUACACCGAGCUUUCAGUGUUGUCUUGUUCAAUAGCAAAAAUCAACUACUGGUGCAAGAGAGAGCAGAUGCUAAAAUUACCUUUCCAGGGUGCUUUACUGACUCUUGUUGUAGUCAUCCAUUAAGCAAUGCCACAGAGCUGGAUGAAAACAAUGCCAUUGGAGUAAAGAGGGCAGCUAAGAGACGAAUACAGGCGGAAUUAGGAAUUCCCCCGGAACAGGUUACCCUGGAUGAUAUCAUCUAUAUGACACGCUACCGUUACAAGGCUCAAUCAGAUGAGACUUGGGGAGAACAUGAAAUUGCUUAUCUCCUAUUGAUAACAAAGGAUGUAACCUUGAAUCCAGAUUACAGAGAGCUGAAGAAUUAUUACUAUAUGUCAAAGGAAGAGCUAAGAGAGCUCCUGGCAAAAGGGGCCAGAGGUGAAGCUAAGAUUACUCCAUGGCUAAAACUCAUAGCUGAGAAUUUUCUCUUCAAGUGGUGGGAUAGCUUACCUAAUGUGAAUCAUUUUGUUGACCAUAAAACAAUACACCACAGAACUUUAUUACCUUACUUUCAAGUUCAGAACACUGUCACGGGCUUCCGAAGCCUCGUAGUUAAAGUAAAGCACCGGAAGCUCCACGUGCUCUGCCAAGUCAGGCAGAGCACCGGAAGCUCCACAUGCUCCGACAAGCCAGGCGGAGCACCGGAAGUUCCAUAUGCAACAAAGGCAAGACCCUUCCUCCUGGUCCCUUCCUGUUCCCCUCAUAUCACAGGGCCCCAAGUUUACCUCGGCAGGCUCCGGACGCAGAGGUCCGAGGAGGGCAGGGGUCGGCUCUAA